UUUCUGUGAACACACAGGGGACAGCAGCCAAAUGCUUUAUAAAACAGAAAACAACUUACAACUUUUCAGCUGAGUCCCUGGAAGGAGCUGACCAAUCUGACCUGACCCUGUCUUUUUCCUUGGGGAUUUUGGUAUAUUUUGGAGGCUCUCCCCCCACCCCAAUUCUCUGGAGUGCAGUGCUGACAUCAAGAUGUCCAUUACGGACACAUCUAUUUAUACUUUUUGUUUUUUAAUGUCAGAACAGUGAUGUGAAUACAAUACAAUUCCAGGAAUCCGUCACUUCCUGGAACAGAUUAAAAGGGGCAAACAAAAGAUUACUUAGUUGUGUUUUUUCCCAGAGCUUCAUUACUCCUGGAGCCAGCGUCCAAGUAGGUUGCAGCUCUCCCAGCUCCACAUUCAGGGAGAGAUUAUUUAUUGAUACCUAUUUAUUGUUAUUUCGGAGGUGCUUUAAAUCCUGACUUGAAAGGUCGUUCUGAAGGAGAUUUCAUUCCUUCUUUUUAAAUCGUUUUCCCUUUUCUCUGGUCAUUUUUCUUUUUUUCUUUUUAAUCAGAGCAAGAAUAUAUUUUAUUAUCUUCAGAAGUACCAAGACUGCGCACAUUUUCCUAGCUAAAGUUGCUGAAAAAUCAGUACAAUUUUUCUCUGGGCAGCCUGAUUUGCUUUCUGCUUGGCUUCUCCCGGUGUGUGAACUCCAGAGUGUCGUGGAAGAGGUUUGUUGGGAGCAGUCCAGUCUUUUUCUUCCUGUGAAUUCCUAACUAAAGAUUUGCCCUAGCUCCUCUGGGGAACAAAGAAGGCGGCAAGAAAAAGGGGAAGACCAUUUUCCCAUCCUAUUGAAGACUUAAUGCGUUUUUCUUUGUCCUGGAGUGACAUGAUCAUCUGUGUUCAGGGACCCCAUCCUUUGCUGGCGGAGGAGAAGAUCAGGAGACAGUCGCUCAGAGGCAUUGCAGUGGAUUUGUCCGAGCAGAUCAUGCAACCUCGCUCCGUUAUGGUCUUCCAGGGAGAAUCUGCUCCUGCCUUCAUGGCACCUGCUCCUGAGAAUAACCUGCCUCGGAUGCGAGAUCCUGAAGAAGACCUGCUAUGCAUUGCAAAAACCUUCUCCUAUCUGCGAGAAUCCGGCUGGUAUUGGGGGUCUAUCACAGCCAGUGAGGCCAAGCAGCAUCUUCAGAAGAUGCCUGAGGGUACCUUCCUGGUACGGGACAGCACCCACCCCAGCUACCUGUUCACACUCUCCGUCAAGACCAACCGGGGUCCCACCAAUGUGCGCAUUGAAUAUGCCGACAGCAAGUUCCGGCUCGACUCGAACUGCCUGUCCAAACCCCGCAUCCUGGCCUUCCCAGAUGUGGUCAGCCUUAUCCAGCACUAUGUCAUGUCCUGCACAGUGGAGAACAAGAAUGAGGCCCCUUACCCACCGCCCUCGCCCCUGUCCUCCAUGCAAAAGGAGAUGGUGGCUGCGGCAGUGCACUUGAAGCUGAUACGGCCACUCAGCCGCAAGGACAGUGUCCCCAGCCUACAGCACCUGUGCCGGCUACAGAUUAACAAGUCGACAGAGGAGGUGGACCAGCUGCCCCUGCCCAGGAGGAUGGGGGACUAUUUGAAGCAAUAUCCCUUCCAGCUCUGAGGUACAGCCGACUGGCCUCAGACCAACAGACUAGAAUCUUGAUGUCUUUUUGUCUCGUUGAAGCAUGGCAUCAAGGGGGUACAGUAAAGACAUGGUCAUCCGCAGUGAUUGCAUCCACUUUUCCUCUCCCCUCCCCCAAUUCCACGUCUACACCAGGGAGGGGGCUGAUGGUACCUGUGAACUGUGGGGCACAAUCCAACCUCCGAGCCACAGAGGCUUGAAGGAAAUGCUCUUGACACAUGCACACUACUUGAAUUUUAGAGCUGCCGUGACAUUAGGAGUAUUACCAUUGUUCUUAUCACUAUUUAUUUCCUUGGUAGCCUCUCUCCUGAUAUUUUAAAGCACCUUUUAGUCUAUUGUUUUUGUUUCUUUUCCUUUCAAGAAAUUAGGGAUGGACCUGGGCUGGAAUAAAGGAUCCCAAACCAGACCAAACCCGAAACUCCAGGGCAGUUUGGAUCUGGAUUCAGAUCUGGAUUUGAGUGUCACCUCUUUGACCCUGUCUUUGAAGUAGGCCACUCUAAAUUCAACAUCCAAACACCCCUGGCAACAUGGGGGAAACUGAGAUUCAGAUGAGAGUUUGGAUGCAAACUUUGGCACCUGGGCCCUAUCUCUGAAACAUAUAGUCUAUUUCCUAAAUUCACAAACUAAGAAAGGGCUGGAAAUGCUGUGACUUCCAAGCGGUAUGUAUGGCAGGCAUCUGUAUAUUUCACUGGGAUGACACCAAGGUUGGAAGAAUUUUUGGACAAAAACACCUCUCCUCUGCGAGUUCACAGGUUCUGGAUAUUGAGUUUGGGAUAAGGAAGCCCCGCUCUGUUCCCCUGCCCGCCCCUAUCCUCUUUCCCAUUUCAAAAGGAAGUUCCCAGUAACACUUUUACAUUAACCUUGGCAAUCCAAGUCCCAGGCUGAUUAUCUUCAGGCAGUGGGGGGUCGUGGGCAUCUCUCCCAUAUGGCUUGUGUUUUCUUCCCAUCAGUGUCAAUCUCUUGACACUGCCCUUGCCUUGGUGAAGCAGGGAGAAGGGUGGUGGCAUCCUGGCCUUGGCUCAAAGCUGGCUCUGCUGAGCUGCAAUGAUGACACAUGGUUUGAGGUUAUUUAUUUAUUUAUUCUUUCAGUGGCACAGGAAAAAAAACACACCUGUCCCUGCUCCAUCAUCACCAUGCUGCCAAAUAACCAGCCCCUCUGCCCUGUUCAGCACUAAAUAACUAGCCAACCACCACUAGGCAGCUUCAAUCAGAACUGUGUAUGAUUUUGUUAUCCCCUGCUUAAUUUGCUGGUAGCGUCUUCUCACUUGAACAAGACUUAAUCUAACUGACACCAGUAUUGCUUUUGCAUCCCAUAGUAGAAACAGCACUUGGAGCUUCCUCCCCUUUGCCAGUAUCCACACCCUACAGCCCUGCCUUCUCCUUCCCCCGACGGCUAUCUGUGGAAUCUUUGAUCAAUGUCUGUUCUGACCCUUGGGUGCCAAAAUGAAGCUGUUACCCCCAGUCCCCUGCCUCUGCCCCCACACAGCAAAUCAAUCACACUGGGCCACAUCAUCCCCUGCAGAAAGAGGGGACACAGAGUGGGUGGCUUCUGCCCAGCAAUGAGCAUGGAAGGGGGAAGACUGCCUCCUCUGAACCAUCAUUAUCUCCCACCACUUGCCCAACCUCAUGGAGACCAAUUCACAGGGCUGUGUGGGAGUGUGUGUGAGGAAGAUGCAGCUAGGAAGGGGACACAUGGGUCUAGGGGGGGCUGCUCCUCUCCACAGCAUCUUCCCUCACCUCUGAACCCUCAGGACUUUAGCAGGCAGUAGGCCCUGGCCUUCAUUGGUCCCAGGGCUGGGUGUAUUUGGGGAGAGAAAUCCCAGUUUGUUCAGAGAGCUGGAAUGGGAGGAAGAGACAGGACAAUGCCCCAGGGGAUAAUAGUCUGAAGGAAACCAGUGGAGUUUCCUCUUCCCUAGAUAGCAGCAUCCUGCCUACGGGACAACACGGCCCAGUGUUUUUAGUCAACGCCCAUUUCUUGUCACAUUUUUACACACUGGUAGUAUUGCUGGCUUUGUUUUCCAUACUUUGAUGAUUGACAGCGUGUGUGUGUGAGGUCAGGUUUCCCUGUUACUGCACCCCUGCCCUCACGCAGGGGCUGUGGAAAGGCAAUCAAAUGAGAAUAGAAAAUUAAAAAACAAAUAGAAAAUACAUAAAAUAAACCCAUAAGACCACUGAACAAGGCUUCCUUUUAGACAAGCUCAUCUGUCUGCUGGGGGUGUGUGUGGAGACCAGGACAGCCCAGCUAUGGAAUGCACAAUAAUGAUCUUGGGACACCUGUAUGACUUGCCAAGCAGAGCUGCAUAUGUGGCAGGGCUCUGGGAGAGACUCAAUCACUAUAGUAAUGUGUGUAGGGAGUGGGUAGGUGGCUCUGCUUUCUGAACCAUCCCCUGGUGACCCCCAUUCAGCUGUGUCCCAACAGCCAACCUUUUUUCUUUGUGGGGCUGGUGCGGGAAUUGAGCCUGCAGGUUUCUGAGCUCUUGCCCAAAGAGCUCCCAGGUAGGAAGAGUGGGUGGGAGACGAGGGUAACAAUGUGGCAUGCUUGGUCCAUCUGACAGUGAGUGGAUGCACAGGGAGAGCUGGAGGCUGUAAGCUCUUAUGGGCAAGGGCUCUCUGUGAUGUUUGUACAGCACCUAGCACAUGGGGCCUCUGGGUUCUACUGCAAUAUAAAUAAUAAUAUACACAGACUCCAAAAAAUCACUUUCUUCUACCUUGAAACAGUUUUUUUUUAAAUCAUUUGACUGGAUUUUAAAUAAAAGUCUGAUAUUUUAAAGC